AUGCUCCCAAGGGAAUCCACUAUCUCCGCAGUUUGCGCUCUGCGAAAGUCCCUGAGUAUUCUGAACAGCAUUAGCUGGGUACAGAUUCUCGAGACGUACCAUAGUCAUAGUCAGAAGUACUUGGUACCAUCGGUGAUCAAUAACUGUUUUGCAGGAGCGACAUACCAGGAGGUCCCUGACGAUCUUCCGUGCACUGAGUGGAGCUUAAGCGCUGAUAGGCGCCAAGCCCCUCUGGGCCCCGAUACACCUCUUUUCGGCAGUCGCAUCCCGCCCGGCACUUCGACUCAGUCUCCCAACACUUCGAUUUCGCCUUCGACGCUCUUCGACAUCUUCGACGGUGCGCGACACUUGCUCGAAGCUCGGCACGGUCGUCCCGAUGCCUCGCGCAUAGAUCUCGGGACAUCUCCCGCAUUCGGCGAACAAUAG